GCGAAAGAGUCGUACUUCUCGUGGCCCUUCGCCUUCAAGCCAUUUAUAUGUCUUUCCCAAGCCAGUCCUUCUCCUUAUUUGUGUUUUGAAUUUCUGUGAGCUCAAAUAUGUGUUUGAAUUUUAUUGCUAAUGUUUGCGACAAAUCUGCUCUUUAGCUUUUCAGCCCUGACGGCAAACUUUAUGCGCACACCUUAGUGCUUGCUCUAUCCUCCAGCUUUUCCACCAAGCAACAUAAAAAGCAUGUCGUCGCGUAGCAAGCAGCUGGCAGUGGCGCAGCUGGUCGUUGCUCGGUCCUCCAGCAGCUCUUCGUCGUCGUCCUCGGGUGCGGUGUCAUCCAGUGCAGCUUCGAUAAAGCGCAAGCCAAAUUUCAUCCGCAUACCCCACCAACUCGACCCGUAUGGGAGGACGCAUCUGCUCAUGGAGAGACAAGGUAGGCCCGGACGAACAGAGUUUGACUAUAGAGGAUGAUAUGCAGCCUAUGCAGCUGCUUGAUGAUGUUGCAAUUGCAAUUUCUCCGUCUCGUCGGUUUUCAUCUUCAAAUGCGUUGUAGCUGCAGCGAUAUUACGACCAUGAAGAGCUAAAGCAUCUUUCUGAGUUUCCAUUUGAAUAUACACUACAACAGCCCGUCAAGAGUUCGUCGCUCACGUGAAAGCGAUGCAGGACUACAACGCGCUCCCCGCGUAUCGUGAGAAAAAAGUGUUACAGUUACACAUUGUGUUGCAGGACCGCAAGACAGACAACCUUUCUCAUGCAGGAAAUGCUUGGGAGCCUCGUUGUCGUUUCCUUCCUGUUUUCCCUUAUGAUCUUUGCAUUAUCUGCCACACAGAGAAAAUUUGUGAUGCAGAAACUCCAACAAAUGUGUAACUGUAAACACUUUUUUCUCUCCAUACCGCGGUUCUUGGGCGUCGGUCGCUGAACGAGCAGUUCGCCCGGCUAGAGGAUUUCGACAGUGCGCUGGACGACUACGACGACCUGUUUCAGGGCGACUACGACUUAAAUCUGAAAAACAAUCGACCAGACCGAGCCGGGCCGGGAUCUGCCGGUCGUGUAUCCUCCUCCAGUUCGGGAAGAACGUCGCGAGCCGACGCAUCUGGGCGCGAGGAACCGCCCGAAAAAGAAGAGAGAGGCGUUCGUCCUGUAGUAGCCUCAACAAACUCGAGCGCCGAUUUGGUUGUACCACAAUCGGGUGACAGUCCGACCGAGGAGCUGGCGGAACAGAACGACAGCGAAAAAAUUCGUUCCGGUCAAGACGCGCCGACAGCACGCGGUGUUGCAGCUGCUCGUGGUCCUACCGCUGAGAUAUUGGCUGUGGUUGAGAAGCAGUUCGGGGGCGCUGUUGCUAGUCCUGACGCUGAGUGGGAGGCGCAAGCUUCCGUUGUGCCAGAAGCAGAGCUGGAGCCUGUGACAGUAGUAGGUGCAAUCGAGCCAGCUGACGAGGACCUCAGCACCGGUGUCGUUCCUGUUACGCUUGCUGGCCUCGAUAUCAUUGACGCAGGUGGAGUGACUUCGCUUUUUCUUUGUUUUUAGUCACAACAAGGAUCCCCAUGAGACAGAUUUGAUUCACUUCGAAACCCAACGAAUUUUUAUUUGAUUUUGCCGUCCUAGUCCUCGAACCAAUGCGAUGUUAGUUGAUGGUCAUGAACACGCAAUCAAAAUCAGAUCCCGUGUCCGAGUACAAUGUGGGCCUGCUGGAUGAGGACAAGGACGCCGAGUACAACGAGCCGGGUCCCUCGAUCCAUUGCCGCAAGCACAAGGGGCACUGGCAUAAGCGGAGGAGACAGAAAGCAGGCAACCCCAGCACGAAGUGGCGCAGGAAACUGUGCACGCGUGGCGGGCGGAUUCAUUAAACAUUUUUCUUGCGAAAAAUAAAGAGACCGACAGAACGAACACACGCGUUUUAAUCUUUGUUUCGCGAACAUGAUGAACCGCCCUUCUCCAAUUACGCAGGCCAGACUGACUGGCUUCGCUCCAUCUGAUUCGAAGCUCUGCUUAUCAAAGGCGGAAGCGCUUCCCUGUCUUCGUCUCGAUUCGGAAGAUCUGGUGAUUUGUGC